AUGAAAAGAAAGUUAAUAGUUCCAACGCGUAAUCCUACUUUUAAGAAAAAGAAAAAGAAUGAUAAUGACACAAAUCAAUCUUCAAUAGAGCACUUUUUCAAUAAACGAAAAGAAGCGCCAGUGGCAAAAAAAGAAUUAGUAGUGGCAAAGAAAAAAGUUACAGAAACAAGUGAUACAAUUGUUGAAAUUGUUGAAAAUACUGAAGAUACUACUACUGCUUCUGCAGCAGCUUUACAAACAAAGUUUUUUCUUUCACAUAAAGAAAUCAAUAACAAAAAUGAUGGUCAGGAAGUAUUAGAAAUUGAACCUGAUGUUCGAAUAAACCCGAUUUCUAUAGAUAUGGAUGUUUUUGAUUUUGAUCCAGCUUUAUAUGAUAGAAGAAAGUUAUUUGAUCGUUAUAAAAAUAACAUUUUAUAUAAAUUUUUAUCCGACUCAUUUUUUCUUAUUGAUCAAGCAAAAAGUAGACUUAAAAUAGUUGAUCUGCUGACAAAUAUGUUACGUGUUAUAAUUUAUCAUGAUCCUGGAAGCGUUUUACCGGCUGUUUUAUUGUAUACUACUACUGCUUCUGCAGCAGCUUUACAAACAAAACUUAAAAUAGUUGAUCUGCUGACAAAUAUGUUACGUGUUAUAAUUUAUCAUGAUCCUGGAAGCGUUUUACCGGCUGUUUUAUUGUGUUCAAAUACCAUUGCAGCACCAUUUGAAGGGCUGGAGCUUGGGAUUGGAAUUGGAUCCCAAAUUUUAUCAAAGUCUAUAUGUUCUAUUUCAGGAAAUACUCCAAAAUCUUUAAAAUCGCUUUAUGAUCGAUAUGGCGAUUGGGGUGAUGUGGCUUAUGCAGCAAAAGGCUCGAUUCAAACAUUAUUGCUUGAACCAAAACCAUUAGUUAUACAGGACGUGUAUAAAACAUUAUUAUCAAUAUCAAAAUUAAAAGGAACAGGUGUAAUAAAUCAAAAGGUAGAAUUGGUGAAAAAACUCUUGAUAUCUUGUAAAGGAGAAGAAAUUAAAUAUCUAACAAGAAACUUGAUACAAAAUCUAAGGAUUGGUGCAGUAAAAACUACUUGUUUGAUAGCACUUGCAAGAGCAUUUUGCCUUACCAAGCCAAAUAAUUUAUCAGAUUUAAAAUACCAAUACCUUGAUGUUGAUCUUAAAAAUGAAUCAAAAUCACAUUAUUCAAAAGAGAAUAAUAAUAUUUUAGAAGAUAAGAAAUGGUAUUUUGAUGUUGGUGAAGAAUUGAAACCUGACGUUUGGUUUGAGCCUAGUGAAGUUUGGGAGAUUAAAGGUGCAAUUGUAACUAUAUCUCCUAUAUAUAAAGCAUCAAUUGGUUUAAUUGAUAAUAGUAAAGGAUUAUCACUAAGGUUUCCAAGAUUUGUUAAAGUUAGAAAUGACAAAUCCAUUGAGGAUGCUACAACUAGUGAACAAAUAGCAGAUUUAUAUUAUAAACAACAACAGAUUAAAUUACGCCAUUGUAAAGAUACCACUUCUGGUUCAAAUCGAAUCGAACAAAGUAAGUGA